UUUUAGCAAAGAUUAAAUUAUAUCAUUUAGAAUAUUUAUUAAAAAUUAAUAAUUCCGAAGAUUUAAAAUAUGAAAUUUUAUCAAAAUUAAGUGAUGAUAUUAUUGAUGAUAAAUUUUUACUCUUUAUUAGAUGUAAAAUAUAUGUCGAAUUAAGAAAGUAUAAUGAAGCAAGAUUAGAUUUGGAUGGAUUAUUUGAAUUAAGUAAUGAUAAAGAAAUUCCGUCGAUUAAUUCAUUACAAGAAUAUUCGGAUUUUUGGUUAUACUUGUGUGAAUAUUGUAAAAUUGAUGAUUUAAAUGAUAUUGGUAUAGUUGAUAAUUUUUAUAAAUAUAUGUAUAAAGAACGAAUGGUUUAUUUCGUUUCAUGCCUUACAAAUUUGAAUAAUAAAUUAAGUCGAUUUCAAGAUGAUGAUACAAAUGGUUUUACGGGACGAAUAUUAUCCCUUAAAAAAGAGAAAAUGUUUGAAUUGAAUUUGCCAACAUUUUAUAAUCUUUUUGAAUUUAAUUCAUUUGGUACAAAUUAUUAUAUUAUAUGGAAAAUAAAUGUUAGAAAAGUAAUUUCAACGGAUUGUAUUUUAAAAUUUGUAGUUGAACAAGGAGAAAAAAAUUCAAAUGAACUUCAUGCUAGAGAGCAUAUAAUGAGAUAUAAGGAUAUAUUAAAGUUUGAAGGUUUAGGUUGGCUUGAAUAUAUGCUUCCAAAAUAUAUAUGGAAACCGAAAUGUCGACUUUCAAUUGAAAUCACCGGUUCUAUUGAUAUGCAAAUAGAUUAUGUUCGAUUCACUAGAAUUAAUAUUGGUAAGAGUAAUAAGUUAAUUCGUCUUCCUAAUAUGCGUUAUUUAUUACCAAAUCAUCAAAAUAUUUGUCAAAAUGUUCCCGAAACUUUUAAGGAUAAGUAUUUUUUAAGAAAAGAAAUGGAAAAUUUGAUUGAAUUAAAAGAUAUAAUUUAAUUCAUGGUAAUUGUAUAUCUUAAGAGAAUUCAUAUUUCAUAAUUUGUAAAAAAAAUUUUUUCUUAAAUAAAACGAACGAUUUUAAGGAU